CGAAGACGGUCGCAGAAACCGGUGGACAAAGGUAAAAAGAGAUUCCGGAAGUCCCUCCUGGACGAAUUAGAAACUCGACUCUAUAAAUGGUACCAGGAGCACAAAGAAGUCGACGAUGGCGUCUCCAGUACUAUGAUCCAAGAGAAGGCGAUGGAACUGCACAAGGAAUUUGGCGGCCCAUCGACGUUCCAAGCCUCCUACGGCUGGCUAUGUCGGUUCAAGCACCGUUAUGGUUUCACGUUCCGCGAUUACAACGGCGACGCAAAACUCGACACGAAAUUGACGAAAAAGUUUACCCACUCCUUCCUGCAGCGUCUCGAGGACAAAAGCAUAGAGCUGCAGAACGUAUACAGCAUGGACGAAACGGGCCUGGUGUGGAAGGCACUUCCACGAAAAACUGUGAUGUACGCCACGGCGAGGAGAGUAUACGGAAAGAGGAUCAAAAAGAAUCGAGUCACCGUGGCCUUGUGCGCAAACGCGAUUGGAACGCACAAGCUGCCGCCGCUCUUCAUCCAUAGGUACGAGACACCAGAAGCGUUGAAGCAUUGCAGGGAUCGUUUGCCUGUAAUCUUCAAGGCGCGGAAGAAUGCUUGGAUAGACCAGAGCCUGUUCGCCGAUUGGCUGGAAGAGUACUUCAAACCGGCGGUUAGAAAAUAUCAGAUGGAAAAUGGUAUUCAAGGUAAGGUGUUGCUCUUGGUGGACAAGUGCAAAGCUCACACUUUGCCGCGUGGCAGAGACACGGAAGAGAACAACUUCGAAAUCAUAUACCUUCCGCUGGACACGUCGUCGAAUCUACACCCGAUGCAACAGGGGAUAAUAAAAAACGUGAAGGUGUCCUUCCGUCGUCGCGUGCUGAGUCGGAUCUUGGAUUUUCCGGGCGGCGUGGCGGAAUUUUAUACGGAUUACGACGUUAAGGACUGCAUCGACUUGGUGAGCGAGGCCUGGACGGACGUCACGCAGGUCGAGAUCUACAAUUCGUGGAAAAGAUUAGUGGGAUUCGGUACAACGGUGGAGGAAGAAGCUGGGGAAGGACAAGGCAAAGAAAGUUACGAGAAAGCGGAUAUUACCGCGAUCAAGGACGCGAUGAGAACGAUUUUGAACGAGGCGAUUUCUGACAAGCAAGUUCAGAAAUGGCUGUUCAUCUGCGAGAGAGCCGAGCGCGAUCCAAGUGACUUCGAUUCGGAAGACUGUCGCGACAAAACGGCGACUCUGGAACGAGACGAGGACGAAAUCGAUCGAAUGAUCGCACGGUUGACCCUGUGGUCCACGAGACAGUCCGAUUUUGUUAAGUUACACGCGCGCGUAGUAAAAGAUUAUUACGACCUGGUGCAACGAUAA